CGCUGGGUAGGUGUCAAAACGCUGCCGGUGACGCUGUACCAUUUACAAUACCUCUCGAUGAGCGUCACUUGGGCGUCACAGAGACACUACGCGCAUGCUCACCACCAUCUUAUUACAUGGAUAGAAAAGACUUGCUCCUUCUACUGCUAGUGUACCGUAGGCGCACUCGAAGGGCUCGGGAAGCUAGCCGCCGCCGCCGCCGAAAAUGGGUGAGAACCAUUUUUCAAAGAAGGAGAGAGCACGGGGACUAUCACAAUCUGCUAGCAGAAAUGAGGCUGCAGGAUGCAGAGAGUCAUUACCGCUUCUUGAGAAUGUCUAGGGAAACUUUUGAUGCUCUGGUAGCAAAGGUAGCUCCUGCUUUGAAAAGAAGAUCAUAUCAAAGCGUCUAUCGGCCGGAGAUCUCACCUGGAGAAAGAUUGGCUUUGACUUUACGUUACUUGGCCACUGGCAACUCCCAAGUGUCAGUUUCUUUCAGCUUCAGAGUUGGCCGUGCAACUGUUUGCCACAUCAUUCGAGAAACAUGUGCUGCACUGUGGCAAGUUCUUCAGCCUGAAUAUGUGAAAGGACCAUCAAGUGAAGAGGAUUGGAAGGGCAUUGCCAGAGAAUUUUCAAAGCUCUGGAAUUUCCCAAACUGUGUGGGAGCUAUUGAUGGCAAACACAUAUCUAUACAAGCUCCCGCUUCUUCGGGAUCAUCGUAUUACAAUUACAAGGGAGGACACUCAGUUGUUCUAAUGGCAGUGUGCGAUGCACAUUACAGGUUUAUUUUCGUCGACAUUGGAAAUUCUGGUCGACAUAGUGAUGGAGGUGUUCUUUCAAAUUCAGAAUUUGGCAGAGCACUAGAUGCAGGCAAACUUGGCUUACCAUCACCUACAACUCUACCCGGUACCGCCAUUGAGGUACCAUUUGCGUUUGUGGGAGACGAAGCUUUUCCACUUCAGCGCAAUAUGCUUCGUCCGUAUCCUGGGAGAAAUUUGGCUGAUCCUGAGGCAGUGUUUAACUAUCGCUUGAGCCGUUCCAGAAGAGUCAUUGAGAACAGUUUUGGUAUCCUGGCUGCCAGAUGGCGUCUCUUUAGGAGGCCGAUAAUUGCUUCUCCAGAUCACGUAGUGCUUUUCACCCAAGCAGCAAUAGCCCUACACAACUACCUGCGAACUACUGAGUCAACAGUUUACUGCCCACGCGGAUUUAGUGAUGCAGAGGAUGGAGCAGGGAACGUCACUGAAGGAGCCUGGAGAAGUGAGGUGGAUGGUGAUAAUGGAUUGAGCAGGAUAGGCUCUGUAGGAAGCAAUAUGUAUAGUAGAUCUGCAGCUACAUGUAGGGACACUAUUCGCGACUACUUUAUGUCCUCUGAAGGAGAGGUGACAUGGCAGUACCACCACAUCCAUCGUACAGAAUACUAG